ACGGGGAGGGAAUCACGAGGCGGGAGUGGAAGAGAAAGGGGGAGAACCGAGGAGGGAAUUCGAUGCUUGCCUUGGCGGAGAGACGGAGGUGUAGGCGGAGAAGGAGGUUUCCUGUCUGAAGCAAGAGAAUCUUGAGGAAUCCCUCUGGCGUUUGCCUUCCGUAGGGGCCGAGGUAGCUCAUGCCCGAAGCCCUCGAGGUUGUACCCUCUUUUCUUGGCACUUUGCUUAAUUUGACCGAGAUAUGGAGCAACGUAGCUUUUGGUCAAACUACUUCCAGUAUAGGUUUUUAUCAUUCAACAAGGUUCUUGGUUGGUGGUUUCUCAUCCUUGCUGGAUUUCUUGUACUUGCUUUUGUCAAUUGUACUUAGAGGCCAUCUGCAGCUGCAAGAGAACAGUGGAAGACCUGAUGCAAUCUGAGACUAUUGGUUGAAUAUCCUCUUUCUUUUUUUGAUGUACUGCCAAUGAGUUGCUUGCUCAUACAAUUCUGAAGUUGGAUGGGUUGUGCAUCAAGCAGAUUGUCUGGGGGUUAAAGACUGCAAAUUAGCAAAGGAGGAUCUCAGUGGUUCCUAUGUGGCAAACAUCAUAGGAGCUGCUUAAGCGUGACAUGGUUAGAUGAAGGUUCACUUAACAUUUGGUGCUCCUCCUCACAGUUGAAUACAUGCUGGGCAUAGCCUAGUUCAUAAAAUUCCUUGUUGGGUCAGUUGGGAAGCAAGGCAUAAGAUGCUGCACCUUUCAAUACUUCUGGACAUACAUAAUAAAGAUUUGCAUAAUGGGAUUUCCUUGUUGGAGGCCUUGUCAUUUGUUGAGGCUUUUAAGCUUAUCAAAGAAUAUUUAGAUUCUGGUAGGUUUCCUCUUGCAAGUCAUACUUGAAAGUGAAGCUGGAUUCACCUGGAAAGCUUGUUCAUAUUUCUUUGAACCUUCGACAAUGAUUUGGUGUCUCAUUUGCCAAAUUAGACUUCUAAGUGUGUCAGAGGCGCUUGGACAUCAGAUUCGUUCUUUUUGAACCUCUAGCAAUGACUUGGAGUCCUUUUGGUGAAUCAAUCAUCUAACCGUUUGGAAGCUAUUUAGACCUUGAAGAUCCUUGUUGCAAAUCAUGGUUGAUGUUCAUCACCUCUGACAAGCUCCUCCACAAGACUUUUGUGUCAAAUCAGUUCCUUUGAAGAUUCAUUGGGGUUGCUGAAGUCAUUUAUAGGGUAGUCAGAAGCACUUGAAAAAAAAGCAAGGCAGAGGUGUAGAGGUUACUGUCUGCAGUAUUUCAUACAUAUCACAAUGGACAAGUAUACACUUAUUAAGGAAGUGGGUGAUGGAACUUUUGGGACUGUUUGGAGAGCUAUUCAUCGUCCAACAGGCAAAAUUGUAGCAGUCAAGAAAAUGAAAAAGAAAUAUUACUCGUGGGAAGAGUGUAUGAAUCUUAGAGAAGUUAAGUCCUUGAGAAAGAUGAACCAUCCCAACAUCGUGAAGCUUAAGGAAGUUAUCAGGGAGAAGGAUGUUCUUUACUUUGUAUUUGAGUAUAUGGACUGUAAUCUGUAUCAGCUAAUGAAAGAUAGGGGCAAGCUUUUCUCAGAGGCCGAAGUGCGAAAUUGGUGCUUCCAAGUGUUUCAUGCUCUUGCUUACAUGCAUCAACAAGGGUAUUUUCACAGAGACCUGAAACCAGAGAAUCUCUUGGUUACGAAAGAUAUAAUCAAGAUUGCAGAUUUUGGUCUUGCUCGUGAAGUCUUGUCUAAGCCACCAUAUACAGAAUAUGUUUCAACUCGAUGGUAUAGGGCUCCUGAGGUUCUUCUUCAGUCACCUGUUUAUGACGCUGCAGUUGAUAUGUGGGCCAUGGGGGCAAUCAUGGCGGAGCUAUUUACCCUUCAUCCUCUUUUUCCUGGUUCGAGUGAAGCGGAUGAAAUAUGCAAGAUAUGCAGUGUGAUAGGCAGUCCUGAUCAGGACACCUGGGCUGAUGGAUUAAGACUUGCUGAUUCAAUGAACUAUCAGUUUCCACAGUUUCCAAGUGCUAAUCUUUCUGCUCUAAUACCUUCAGUAAGUGAGGAAGCGAUCAAUCUAAUUUCUUUGCUUUGUUCAUGGGACCCAAAGAAGCGGCCAACAGCAGUGGAGGUGCUCGAGCAUUCUUUCUUCCAGCCAUGCGUGUACAUUCCUCCUUCACUUCGGGUAAAGGGAACGGCGCCUAAAACACCUCCUGUUGGUGUAAGAGGUACCUUAGAGCAAAGGAACUUCAGGAAAGUGGUUGAAAAUCUGUCUGGAUCAAAGUCUAGAAGCAACUUUUCUCCUGCCAAGGCACAUGCCUCUUUGAAUUCAGGAGUCCAGCGAAAAUUGGAAAUAGAUAACCAGGAUAAUAAUAAGAUCGAGAAGAGCAAAAAUGUGCCUAGACAGCCAAGAUACAGGCCUCCUGUGAGAAACAGCCCAGUUAAGGCUUCCGUUGGCACCUAUGGGACUGCGCGUGCCUCUGAUGCUGCAACACGGGGAGCUAAUAAGCAGAGCGAACCACCAAUUCGUGCUGAGAAGCAUCAUGGGAGUGCAGUAAGGCCUCCUAUGAAGGCUGGUGGAUGGCAUAGCCAACCGGAUUCAUUCAGUCGGGCUCAUGGAAUUCCUGCGCAUGUUGGUAGGACAUAUCCCAGGAAGGUCGCAGGAUGACCCUAAGGGCAUGAAGUUCAGUUGAUUUGACAAAGAGGCAGUAGCAGCUAUUCCCUUCGUGGGCCAACGGCGAGGUCGAUGAACGUGAGCAAUUUCAAUGCAAUAGGGCAUACUGUGAAAUCGUCUGCUGGGCAACAUACUUGCGAUAUUUAAAUGUUUUGGUAUUUUUCACUCUCUGGAAUAUCGGCAUAUAAACUAUACGAAAAAGGUGCAAGGAAGUGUAUGCACUAGCUACAUGGCCUCUUGCCCAGGGGGUUUCGCCUCCAUCGACGUACCUUGUUCUGCCGUCAGUGCAUUAAAAAGGGCAAACU